GGUUAUCGCGCGAAUGAAAGAUUUGACAUAGCGGUGUCUCCUGUAGACAAUGGCGAAGCGGACUAUCAGUUCGUACUUUCUUCCUAAACCUCAUGAUAUAGAGAAGACAAAUCCUGAGAAUGAGUCCGACUCAGAUUGUGAGGAAACGGUCGUGGCGAAAAAAGUCAAAAAAUUCAGCUUUCGCGAUGAGUGGCUGCGCGAGUUCACCUGGCUGAGGUAUUUCAGGGAGACCAACUCAAUGAACUGUACAUUCUGCUGUCGAUUCCCACAACAUGCGGGGAACACGAAAUGUGCUGAUAAGACUGGCACGACACAAUUAAAACACGACACGCUGAUCAAACACAACGCCAGUCUCAAACAUAAAAUGUGCCGCGACCUGUGCAAUGAAAGUGCAGCUCCACUCAGUCGCAUUUAGAAGACAAGAGGCUGCUAACCAGUGCGCCGAGGAGGCCGAAUUGCGAUUGAAGUUUAACACGGCGUAUUUCAUUGCCAAAGAAGAACUGCCCUUUACGCAAUUUAAAGGCCAACUUGAUCUACAAAGGAAGAAUGGUGUCAAACUAAACGCAACGUACAAUAACGACACAGCAUGCGCACAGUUUGUUGGCAUCAUCGCAGAUACACUGAAACGGAAGACGUACGAGAAGAUUAAGGACGCUCCUUAUCUGUCAAUCAUGAUUGAUGGGGACACAGAUACGUCAACAAAAGAGUGUGAAAUCAUACAUGCCAGGAUCCUGCAACAAGGGAAACCAACAAAUGUUUUGAUUGGCCACAUCGAAGUGCAACAUGCACAUGCUCAAGGUGUAUAUGAUGCCACCAAAGAGGCCUUCAAGAAACUAGGGACAGAAACAGGGUGGUUAGACAAGACGGUUGCCAUGGGAGCUGACGGCGCAGCUGUCAAUCUUGGGCAUAAAGGAGGUGUAAUAGCCCUUCUCCAAGCUGAGGCAGGGGCUUUUAUUGUCCCAUUUCAUUGCAUGCCACAUAGGCUGGAGCUGGCAAUGCUGUCAGUGCAAAGGAAAAUUCCCAUGGUGGAUCAUGUCUACAGUCUCCUCAACAUGGUUUGGAAAACCUACCACUUCAGCAGCAAGUCUAUGAGAGAACUGCGAGCACUUGGAGAGGAGCUGGGUGUGCAUGUCAAUGUACCAGGUAGUGUCAGUGGGACACGCUGGCUUGCACAUGUAAACCGCGCCCUGCAAACCCGACUGAGACCUGGAGGAAAGGACAGAAACCUGCAGAAUCCUGGCCAGUUCACAGCAGUUUACUUCCACAUGGAACAUUUGACUGCAUCAUCAACCAAUGCUGACAUUGCUGGGAGAGCAAGGAAGGUCAAGAAGAUGAUGGAAGAUGGGGCCUUUGUGGGUUUCUUUCACUUCUUGGCUGACUUGUUUGAGGCCAUUAGCAAAUUCAGCCUUCUUCUCCAAAGAAAUGAUGUCAUUUUGCCUCAGGCUGUGAAUGGGAUUCAGAAUCUUAUUGCAACUGUUGAGGCCAUGUCAGUGAGAUGCAAGCCAGGUGGUAGGCUAGCAGAAUUACUGGCAGACCUUCAGGCCCAGAGAAGACAACAAGAGAGUGAUGGUGAGGCUCACCCUUUGUACAAAUAUCAGGGGGUCACCAUCAAAGGAGAAGUCUCUGGUCUGGGAGCAGAUGGACUCUCAAUGGAAAGCACACCUCAGCUGCAACGAGCAGUAAAAGCAACAGUCGAGUGCACUGUGCUGCACCUGAAGCAGAGGUUCAGCAGUCUACUUGGCAAAUGAAGGGUCCUCAUUAGCAACAACGAGGGCAGUGAGGUCAUUCAAAAUAUUAAAUCACGAUUCCUGGCCUGAACAAAGACAUCUCCUGACAGAUUAUGGUGCAGAGGAGCUGGACUUCCUGCUGGACCACUUCUCCCCCAUCCUAACAAGAAAUGGCUGUGAUGCCAAGCUGGCAAGAGAGGAGUAUCAGUCGAUGAAAAUGUUCAUUGUUACAAACUACAUGGACAAGUCAUACCAUGCCCUGUGGGGGAUGAUGUUGACCAAAAUGCCGUUCUGCUCCGACUACAAAAACAUCCUACAUCUUGUACACAUGAUGCUUGCACUCCCAGUGUCUUCUGCUGUGUGCGAGAGAGGAUUCUCUUCCCAGAAGAGGAUGAAGUCAGAUGUCAGGGGGUCUCUUCAUGUGGACACUGUUGAGGACUUAAUCAGAAUUAGUAUGGAGGGACCGAACAUCGAUGAUUUUGAUGCCAAAGAGGCUGUUGACAUGUGGCUCAAUCAGGCUCAACGUACAAGGAGGCCUAAUUACAAGGGCUGGCCAACACAGGCACCUUAUCCCCCACCAAGGGGUGAUCUUUUGUAGGAAGUGUUAAUGCACAAGUUAUGUCUACAACUUGUUCUGUUGUUGUCAGUGGAGCAUAAAUAUUCAUUUUGUAUUUUUAAGCUAUAUAACUGGCGUAUGUUAUUAAAACUAUUGCACAAGUUUAUAAGAUUGUAUAUUGUCAAAUUAUUUAUCAGUAAUACAGUAAAAAUGAUGGGAAAACUUUGCAAGUCGAUUCAUAGUGUGCGCAGGGUUUUUCCUGCAUAGAGGAAAUGUGGGUGCGCGCCUAAGCCGUUUUCCCGAGCGCCUAUGACAAAUUCCGAGCGCCUAAGGCAAAAAAAAGUCUGCGUUGAAAAAACAAAAAACAACUGUGUUCAUCAGGUUCAUGUCAGCGAAUAUGUUCUCAAUAGUAUGUUUCAAGGAGGUGUGCUCACCUGUGUGCGCGUAUCACGGCAGAGCGGCCAGCUGCUGAUCACGCACUCAAUAGCUCGACUGCAUGAAUAGAAGGAAAAAGUGCGCCCCUAAAUUUUCUGCUUGCGCCCCUAACAUUUUAAGUUAGGAGCGACUGUGCUCCUAGUU